ACUCCUUUCUUCUGGGGGCUUUGAACUCCUCCUUUGAACUUCCUGCAGAACUCCUACAAGAGUGGUGUAGCUGGGAAGCGGAACUGGACCUACUGUGCCACAUCACCUUUCCUAGGCCAUACCUUCCGAAGGAUGUCAGUCACAAGGGUGUGACAUAUGAAGUCCAUAUAUUCGCUGACGCUUCUGAUCGAGCCUAUGGCGCUGUGGCGUAUUUGAGAACUGAGGAUAGCCAAGGCCAACGGCACCUGUCCUUCAUCCUAGCCUGCUCACGCGUGGCCCCAAAGCGCCUUCAGUCCAUCCCGCGCUUGGAGCUUUGUGCAGCACUUGUAGCGGCUCAACUAGCCAGUGUCCUGAAGAAUGAGCUAUAUAAUAUCCGAACCAGCAUCAUAAUCUUCCUUCCUCCUCACCACAUAGAGACCUGUGCUUCAUUAUACCUGUCUGUUAUACCUUUGUGGGAGAUAUGUUCUUCGCUUCUUGGGUGGCUCCAUCGUCACUCUCUGUCAGUCGAAGUAGCACAGCAGUGAUCAAAGACUCUUCCUGGUUUUUCUGUGCCUAUUUAAGGAGCGCGAAUCAUGACGCGAGCCAGUUACGUGAUCGCUGAAAAUGGGGCCUCAUUUGCCUUCGGUCUUGUGAUAUGAGGAAAAAACGAGACGGGCCUCGAUACGGGCUCCAUUUAAUCAUCAGCGGAAUGGGUCCCAGCUGUGUGUCGCCAUUAAGCUGAAGAAGGACAGAUGAAGACGCGGAAGCGGGGAGACAGGAAGUAAAACAAUAAAAGCACAAACGAACACGAAACCUAACAGUACACCCCCUUCGAGGAGGGCCUCUAGGCACUUUUCCAGCCUUGUCUGGGUGGGUGCCGUGAAACUUGAGAUUAAGUCUUGGUCGAGGAUGAGGGAGCGGGAGAUCCAGUAUUGCUCCUCAGGGCCAGUCAAUUGCGUAUCGCUUUGAUGGCGGCGCCUUGUCAGGCAGUGGCUACUGAGGCUCCCGGUAACAAAGCCAAAUGUAUGUAUAAUACAAUGAAAAUGAAACAAUCAACGAACGAACGAACAAACAGUGGAAACGGCGCAAUGCGUUUAUUAGGAUAUGACCGGCAAACGAUCAUUAAUCUGAGGGAUUUCAACGGCUUUUAUCCCGUUAGGGCGGAGACACGGACGACCCUACACGACCUCGGUCUGUUCCACCGGUCGGAUCCAAGGAUCUACAGCAUAGCGAAGCCCCGCCAGUCAGAUUCAGAGUCCUACAGCACAGCGAAGCCCCUCCCCAGCAGCAGGGAUCAUCAUCACGGGGGACAUCGGAGGCGGUGCGAGAGGAAGCAGAAGCGCGGUUGCCGUGGCGGAAUUAAGGCUAAGAUAAAUGCUAACCCGUUCCGCUCGCCGCUCCCGUCGGUCCUGCUCUCUAAUGUGCGCUCGCGAGAAAACAAACUGGACUAUUUGAAACUGGACUUGAACACCCGAAGGGAGACACGGAACUGUUGCGUGCUGAUCCUCACGGAGACGUGGCUCAACUCUUCUGUCCCGGACACCGCCAUUAGCCUGGAAGGGCUAACAGCGUUCAGGGCGGACAGGAACAACGUGCUCACAGGUAAAACCCGGGGAGGGGGUGUCUGCAUCUACAUCAACAACAACUGGUGUAUCAACACAACUCCGGUCUCCAGUCACUGCUGUGUGGACAUAGAGUUUCUGAUUGUGAAAUGUAGACCCUUCUACUUGCCACGUGAGUUCACCAGCGUCACAGUGGUGGCCCUGUACAUCCCUCCAAGCGCUGACUGCAAACAGGCCCUGAGUGUCCUCCAUCAAGCCAUCAGCGACGUGCAGUCCACACACCCAGAGAGUGUCUUCAUUGUGGCAGGGGACUUUAACCAGGCCAAUAUGAAGACUGUGCUUCCAGCCUUUCACCAGCAUGUGGACUUCGCUACUCGUGGGGAGAACACCCUGGACCUGGUCUACACCAACAUCAAGAAGGCGUACAGAGCUGUCCCUCGUCCUCACCUCGGCUCCUCAGAUCAUCUCUCUGUGUUGCUGGUCCCUGCAUACCAGCCCCUGCUCAUGAGAGAGAAACCAGCAGUGAGGACAGUGAGAGUGUGGCCAGAGGGAACCAUAUCAGCCCUUCAGGACUGUUUCGAGCGUACUGACUGGAGCAUGUUCAAGGAUGCUGCUACGGACUGCAAUCAGCAAACAGACGUGGGGGAGUAUGCGACCAUCGUCACUCGGGCCAAUCAGAAGCCUUGGAUGACGAAAGAGGUGCGUGAUAGACUGAGGGAGCGAAAUGCUGCGUUCAAAUCUGGAGAUGGAACGGCACUCAGAUCAGCCAGGGCGAAUCUGAACCGUGAAAUCCGGGCAGCGAAGCGCACCCACAGUCGGAAGGUCCAAGGCUUCUUUCAGAAUGCCAGCAACACCAGACAACUGUGGCAGGGCAUCCAGACGGUCACAGGCUAUAAAGCCUCUCCCCCUCCUUGCCGUGACGACAUCAGCUUCCUCAAUGAGCUGAAUAACUUCUUUGGAAGGUUUGAAGCUCUCAAUACCAACCCUGCGAGGAAAGCUGCCCCCCACUCUGACGAACAGACGCUCAGACUGGACACCGCUACGGUGCAGAGAACUCUGAGGAAGGUGAACGCAAGUAAAGCUGCAGGCCCUGACAACAUUCCUGGACGACUGAUUAAGGAAUGUGCUGACCAGCUGUCCCAAGUGCUCACGGACAUCUUCAACACCUCUCUGACCCAGGCGGUCGUCCCUCCAUGUUUCAAGUCGGCCAUAAUUAUUCCUGUGCCCAAGAAACCGACCACCACGUGUCUGAACGACUUUCGCCCCGUUGCACUAACAUCCACCAUCAUGAAGUGCUUCAAGAGGGUGGUUGAGGACCACGUCGUCUCCAUACUCCCCGCAUCAUUCGACCCGUUCCAGUUUGCGUACCAGCCGAACCGCUCCACGGAGGACGCCAUCUCCACUGCUCUCCACCUGAGCCUGGAGCACCUAGAGAAGAAGAACACUCUGGUUCGGAUGCUGUUCCUGGACUUCAGCUCAGCUUUUAAUACCAUCAUCCCACAGGACCUGGUACAUAAAUUGGAGCAACUAGGAGUGGAGACCUCCAUGUGCAACUGGCUGCUGGACUUUCUCACCAACAGAACCCAGUCUGUCCGAGUAGGAGGUAACACGUCAAGUGUUAUCUCCCAGAACAUCGGCUCCCCUCAGGGAUGUGUCCUCAGCCCACUGCUGUUCACUCUGCUGACCCACGACUGUCGCCCCAAGUAUAGCAGCAACCACAUCCUGAAGUACGCGGACGACACAAUGGUUGUGGGUCUCAUCCAGGACAAUGAUGAACUGGUCUACAGGGAGGAGGUGCAACAUCUGGUGGACUGGUGUGAGACGAACAAUCUGGCCCUGAAUCUCGACAAGACGAAGGAGAUUGUCGUGGACUUCGGGAGAUCAAGACACAGCCAUGCCCCUCUUUACAUCAACGACAGGGCUGUGGAAAUGGUGAGUACAACCAAAUACCUGGGUGUGCACAUCACAGACGAUCUUAGCUGGUCACUCCACACCUCCUCCCUGGCAAAGAAGGCACAGCAGCGUCUGCACUUCCUGACCACCUUCUACAGAGGGACAAUCGAGAGCCUGCUGACCAGCUGCAUCUCCGUCUGGUCUGGGAGCUGCAGUGCAUCAGACUGGAAGUCUCUGCAGAGGGUGGUGAGGACAGCGGAGAAAAUCACCGGGACCCCGCUCCCUGCCAUCAAGGAUAUAGCAGAUGUUCGCUGCUUAUCCAGGGCACAAAGGAUCAUCGCGGACUCUACUCAUGCAAACUAUGCACUGUUCUCCCUCCUGCCAUCUGGCAGACGGUUCCGCAGCAUCCGAUGCAGAACCACCAGAUUCAGGAACAAGGGAAACAAAGUGUGCCAUCUUAGAAAAUCUAUCCACAAUGGUCAUAACCGUUGUCAUACCUGCAGACGGGGGCAAGCGCUUGACAAAAUCGACGGCAAUGUGUGACCAAGGUCGGCCAGGAAGAGGCAGAGGCAGAGGUUGUAAGAGACCAGCUGGAGGACGAUGUGAGGAUUUGGAACGAUCCAACGAUACAGGUCUCAGGAACAAUGGUCUCCAUUUUCUCUUGGGAGAGAGGAUUCUCAUGGAGUCUGGACAGAGCAUCGGGUUUAGCAUUCUGGCUGCCUGGGCGGUAGGUUAUGGAAAACCUAAAUCUUCCCAGAAAAAGAGCCCAACGAGCCUGACGAGAGUUGAGCCGUCUGGCGGACUGGAGGUACAGAAGGUUUUUAUGGUCUGUGAAUACCAAAAAAGGGGUUUGAGCCCCCUCUAACCAGUGCCUCCACUCCUGUAGUGCAGCCACAACGGCCAAGAGCUCAGGGUUGCCAAUAUCAUAAUUUCUUUCCGCACUUGACAAUCCUCGGGAAAAGAAAGCACAUGGGUGUACCUUUUGGUCAGACGGAUCCCUUUGUGACAGGAUAGCGCCGAUUCCUGAAUCUGAAGCGUCUACCUCCAGGAUAAACUGCCGGGAAGGGUAAGAAUGACGCAGGAUCGGAGCAGAGGAAAACAGAGUCCGGAGCUUGUUGAAAGACUCCUCAGCCUCAGGAGUCCAGACGAAAAUCAUCUCAGUGGAGAUUACCACAGCUUCGAUUUUUGCAGGAUCAGGAAGAAGGCGUCCCUCUCCCAAUAUGAAUCCCCGGAAGCUGACCUGUUUCAUGUGAAACUCAGACUUCUCGGCUUUGCAAUAGAGUCUAUUUUCCAGAAGUCUUUGUAGGACCAGCCGCACAUGCUCCUUGUGUUCCUCCUCCACCCUUGAGAAGAUCAGUAUGUCGUCCAAGUAGACGUAUAGAAAAUGAUUAAUCAUAUCUCUGAGGAUGUCAUUUACAAGUGCUUGGAAUACGGCAGGAGCGUUAGUUAACCCGAAUGGCAUGACACAAUAUUCGAAAUGACCCAGAGGCAUCUUAAAAGCGGUCUUCCACUCGUCUCCCUCUCUGAUGCGAACUAGAUGAAAAGCAUUGUGUAAGUCAAGUUUCGAAAAAAUAGUUGCCUGGUUUAGGGGCUCUAAAGCAGGGUCGAUGAGCAGAAGUGGGUAUUUAUUUUUAACAUGGAUCUGGUUCAAGCCGCGAUAGUCAUUGCAUGGACGAAGAGAGUUGUCCUUUUUGCUGACAAAGAAAAACCCCGCACCCAGAGGGGAGGAGGAAGGGCGAAUCAAACCAGCUGCUAGGGACUCAUUUAUAUAUCUUUCCAUUGACUCUCUCUCUGGGCAGACAUUAUAUAGUCUACUCGAGGGGAAAGGAGCCACAGGAAUUAGAUCGAUGGCGCAAUCAUAAGGGCGGUGAGGGGGAAAAGAGAGAGCUUGGUCCUUAUUAAAUACCUCCCCAAGAUCGUGGUAACAAGUAGGAACCUUUGAGAGAUCCGGAGGUGAGGGUGGGGAGGAAGGGGUGGUCUGAAGGGAACCAGGAGCAGACCUAAGGCAAUGAGCAUGACAGUGGGUGCUCCAGCCAGCAAUCUUGGACCGUCUCCAGUCUAUCUGCAGAUUGUGUGUGGAGAGCCAGGGAAAACCGAGAACGAGUGGAGAAGAAGAAGCAGGGAGAACCAGAAACGAGAUCACCUCAGAGUGGUUUCCAGACAGUGUGAGGGUCAGGAGGGAGGUGCGGUGGGUGACUUGUGGGAGCAGACUGCCGUCAAUUGCCGAAAGAGAGCGAGGGGAGUCCAACCUGACAAGAGGAACGGAUAAUGAGUCAGCAAAAGAGGCGUCGAUAAAGUUAUCAUGAGCACCUGAAUCUAUGAACACCUCGACCGGAGAGUUCGUCUCUCCCUUGCGCAGGGAGGCAGAAAAAAUUAUUCUUCCCACUCUAAUAGGUGUUUUACUGACCUUAUUUUGGGAGACGAGUGGAAGACGGCAGCCUCUAGGACGGACCGGACAAACACGGAUGAUGUGACCCGGUUGACCACAAUAUAAACAAAGGCCCCGAGAGAUCCGGAGUUGGCGUUCUUCCAGUGUCAGUCUCAUUCUCCCCACCUGCAUGGGCUCAGAGUCUUCAAGUCAGGAGGAGACUUCGGGCUGAGGGUUAGUUGUAGGUGGAGAAAACGGAACCGGCAACACCAUGUGGUGAGUGGGACGUUUCUCUCUGGAAUGCUCUCUGAUCCUGUUAUCUAUUCCAAUAGCUAGGAGGAUGAGCUCCUCCAGAGAGUUGGGUUCGUCGCGGAGAGAGAGUUGGUCCUGUAUGUUGGAGGCUAGCCCAUUAAUAAAUAUGGACAUGAGUGCUGGUUCAUUCCAUCCAGUCUGGGCUGCUAGGAUCCUGAAGCGGAUCGAAUAUUCGGAUACCGAUUCCUUAGGGAUGUCUUGAGUGACAGAUACUAAGUGCUUGGAAGCGCAAGAGCCACUUUUGAAGGGAGCAUCAAAAACUCGACGCCUCUCUGAGGAGAAUGUGUGGAAAUCAUUCAGAAUGGGAGAGUCUUGACUCGCAAAGAGAAGCUGCCCACUGGCUGGCCUUGUCGCGGAGAAGGUUUAUACAGUAUACAAUCCGGGCUCUGUCUGUCUGGAAAAGUGAGGGUUGAGAGUCAAAGACAGGCGAAUAUUGAAAAAAGAAGUUCUUACAGAAGCCUGGUUUACCUGCAUAAACCUCUGGCGUAGGAAUGGUCAGCUCUCGAACAUUGAAUAGUUGUUGUACUGGGGCAGGAGCAGAAGCAGCGACUGGAGCAGGUAAGGUUGAGUCUGCUCCAGUAGGAGGAGGCGAAGAUCGCUCACAAUGGGCUGAAAUAUUCUGCAGCUGCUCCAGGAAACCCUGAGUCACUCUCUCUAAAUUAGAGAUUCUAGUGCUCUGGGAGCCUACAGCCUUCUGCAAAUUCAAAACCAUUGCUGAGUCAGUUCAGUGGCUAGACGGUUCUGUCAUAGUGUAGUUGUAAGGUGACUCAAUUCAUAUGGUUUUAAAUUCGCAGAUGACUUGAGACAAGCAAGGUUUCUGUUAAUCAAGAAGUUUAAUACAAAAAUAAUACACGAACAAAAACAAUGAACUGAGGGCGGCGACACCAAAGUGGAGCGCGGUGGACACAACACCAACGGUGGGGGAAUAACCUACAACAGAAAACAGGCGUGAGUUACACUGCACUGUAAAACGGGGACAGCAGAAAACUAUGCGCUCGGUAAAUACACUCACGAGGCUGAAUAUAACAAAGGACGCUUGGCAGAAGCGAAAAACAAACACUCUAGGCAAGGAAAAACUAGCAGAAAAGCUCACAGAAAGAGUAAACAAACACUCAAAGAAGCAAAUGCGGAGCUGAGGAAAGAGCAAACAGACAGUGGUAUAGAUGAAGAGAAACAAGAGAGACGCGGAGCAAGAACAAGGAAAGACAAACCAGGGACAAGAGAAUCAGAGUAGCAACAAGAGAUCAUACCACGUAUCAGCAGCAGACCAUCUAGCGACAACACAGUGGGCAGAAGGGUAGAUAUCAUCGGCGGAAUGGGUCCCAGCUGUUUGUCACCAUUAAGCUGGAGCAGGACAGACGAAGACACGGAAGCGGGGAGACAGGAAGUACAACAAUAAAAGCACAAACGAACACGAAACCUGACAUUUUUGUUACUUUAGCACAGAGAUUAAAAACAUGGAAAAGCAUUGUUUUCUUUGUCUCAGAGGAUGCAUUAUUCACGUGUCAGCAUUAUGUGCUAAAUAAGUGUAUUAUAGAUACUGUCAUACAAAUUCAAUCAGUGUUUAACUGAUUUUAACACUGGAUGUCAAGGGGGACGUGAACUUGCUGCUUUAAAUAGCAGCUUCUCGCUUAUCAUGACAGGUAAACAUACUUGGGGUCUCAAGGACACUGUCUCAAGGUGUUGCAAUGACUGA